GCUAUCAUUCGGCAGUAGCCUCUACUGCGCUCUAGGGCCAAGUACUACGGAGUCAAAUACACAUUACGGGACAACCAUGGCCCUCCUUGAUCUUGCCAUGCAAGGUUUCUCCAUCUUCGGAUUUUGCUUAUUUAUUGUUCUCUGGCUCAUGCAUUUCAUGUCGAUCAUCUAUGUCCGUCUGCAUCUCAACAAGAAAACUCCUGACAAGCAGCCCUACAGUAAGCUAGCCGGGGUCUCGCUUCUCAAGCCACUCAAAGGGGUCGACCCGAACCUCGUCAACAACCUGGAGACGUUCUUCGAGUUGGAUUACCCCAAGUAUGAGAUCCUGCUCUGUGUCCAGGAUCACGAUGACCCUGCCAUAGACGUGUGCAAGAAACUCCUGGGCAAAUACCCCAAUGUGGACGCCAGGUUAUUCAUAGGAGGGAAGAAAGUUGGCAUCAACCCAAAGAUUAACAACCUCAUGCCUGGGUACGAGGGGGCCAAGUAUGACUUGGUCUGGAUCUGCGACAGUGGAAUUCGUGUGCGGCCGGACACACUCACAGACAUGGCCAUGCAGAUGACUGAGAAGGUGGGUCUGGUCCACGGCCUCCCGUACGUCGCCGACAGACAAGGCUUCGCCGCCACGCUGGAGCAGGUAUACUUUGGGACGUCACACCCGCGUUCCUACAUCUCCGCUAACGUGAUGGGCAUCAAGUGUGUGACGGGCAUGUCGUGCCUCAUGCGCAAGGACAUCCUGGACCAGGCCGGUGGACUCAUCGCCUUCGCCCAGUACAUCGCAGAGGACUACUUCAUGGCCAAAGCCAUCGCCGACAGAGGAUGGAAAUUCUCCAUGGCAACGCAGGUAGCCAUGCAGAACUCGGGCUCCUACUCCAUUGCACAAUUUCAGUCCCGCAUGAUCAGGUGGGCGAAGCUUCGCAUCAACAUGCUGCCCGCGACCAUCAUCGAGCCCAUCUCGGAGUGCUUCGUGGCCAGCCUCAUCAUUGGCUGGGCAGCACACCACGUCUUCCGCUGGGACAUCAUGGUGUUCUUCAUGUGCCACUGCCUGGCCUGGUUCAUCUCCGAUUACAUCCAGCUACGGGGAGUCCAGGGUGGGCCACCAUCCUUCUCGAAGCUGGACUAUGCGGUGGCCUGGUUCAUCCGGGAGUCCAUGGCCAUUCAGAUUUUCCUGUCGGCGCUGUGGGACCCCACCAUCAGUUGGCGGACCGGGCGGUACCGGCUCCGCUGUGGGGGCACAGCCGAGGAGAUUCUGGACGUAUAACCCCCCCCACACACACACACCCUUCACACACACACACACAUAUAAAUUAUAAAUAUAUAUAUAUAUACACACACUCAAACACCUACACACACCACACCAGUCACCAACGUCACCACCAACCGGCUCUGCCGCCCCGUAGCCUUUGGGGUCAGAGGUCGUGGGGGGCAGAGACUAGUCACACAUGCACACACCAUGGUGCCCACAGAGAACAUGUGAGUGGGGAGCGAUCAAGAUCAAGAAGGAGGGACGAGGUGACCAGAGAGAAUCAAACUGUCCAGGGACAACUACGGAGAAGGAAGAGAGGAGGUGGGCUUUGACGAUGGAUGAGGAACUCAUUGUGUCGAAUGUGUGGUUGUUUGUUUCGUUUUCAAUUUUUUGUGUUGUUUUUGUAGUUGUUUUUAAAUGUUACAGUAGGUGAUGAAGCCCAAGAGAGCCUUUUUGUGUGAGUGUGUGAGUGUUAUGAAAGUUUUUGUGUGUGUUCUCUGGGCCAUUUUUUGUUUUUGUUUUCAUUUUGGCCUAUUUCAGGCUUUGUGGGUGUUGUAGAGAUUACAACAGAAUCUCACGUCUUUGUAAAUGAGCCAACAGUGAGAGUGCAUGGAAACACAAGUGAAGCGAUAGAGAUUGAGAUGUGGGGGGCGUGUGUGUGUGUGGCGGGGGGGAUGAUCGGGGUCGGAUGGGUUGAUGGUGGAUGAGUUACAGAUGCCGUCAGUCUGGCCCAGUGGCCAGUGGCCAUUCUCCAGCAGGCGCUUGAGCACUUACUCACCCUAGAACGCCAUAUUCACUUAUACUAAGAUCAAAAUAACUUUAUAGCUAAAACAACGAUCUCUAGCUCUGUUAGUAGGGGACGGUUAACAGUGUCCGUUGUGUAUCUCCGCGCUGCAGAGAGCUUACACGAGGAAGCAAAGGCAUCGUCUUUGUGUGUACUGUAAGCCUGAUGCUGCUGAAUGCAUGAGCUAUCUUCACCCUCUCUGGUUCACUAUUUCUGACCUACAGUAGCAAUAUUUGGUAUCUCUUUUCCCACAUCAACUGUUGUAGACAACAUGGAGGGCGAGCCACAGACAGGACAUUGCGCGCUUCAACAGGCUUCGCUUUAUGCUCUCAGGCCUUCAUUUCCACGAUGGUGACGUUCGUGUUCACCUGUUGCCUGCCCUUAGCCUGCCUGAUGCUUUCGAUAGUCUAUCUGUGCUUGAUUUACAUCUCGGUCUCAUUCUGUCCCUCUCUCUCCAGGAACUGCUGAGGUCA